UUUGUCUCUGUCACGACCAUGCCCACGCCGACUGAAGAUCUCCAGGCGUCCUUGGAACGGCACAACGCAACAUUUGAAUUGUUGCUGAAGCAUAUUCCUGCAAAGUAUUACCUUGUACAAGAAAAUGACGAACAGGUCGCAUCCAAGUACCAGAAGCAUAGUAAGAAACAAAAGGCGCCCAAACAACUUAUCAAGGAGGCUUCCAAAAAGGCCAGGCGCGAAAAGCUCGAUCCUGACAACAACAAGAGUAUCAUAGACAUACAAAAUGAGCUAGCCAAGCAAUCCUCGAUGUCCAAAGGUAAACGAAAGGCUGUGGAACCUCCGUCAGAAGAAGAUACCGACUCUAGCGAGGACAUGAUGGACGUUGACAUCGAUUUGGGAGGUGACUCGAAUAAGGAAGGUGAAGAAACAAAAAUUCCGCCUGCACAUAUCGUUCCAAUGCCCCAGUCCGGUGGAAUCAUGGCUUUGCGGCAGAAGCUGCACCACAGGAUGGCGGAGGUUAGGAGAGGUGGACGUGGGGGAGAGGCUGGUGACAGGGACGAGCUUCUGGAGGAGCGUAGACGACAGCGCGCCAUGCGGGAACAGCGUCGGAAGGAGACGAAGGAGAGGAUCAAGCGCGAGCAAGAAAUGAAGGGCAAGAAAGGCAAAGACAAGGAGAAAAAGGAUACGCGAACACAGGGAAAUAUCACAAAGACCCAAUUGCUUGUCCCAGACGAGCCCUCAUCCUCUAGAAAACCUUCAUCUCGAGAUCCCCAGGCCAACUUUACUAAUGUCACGUUCUCCACCAUCGCAGGCACCUCUUCAAAGAAAGCCUCGCAUUUAAAAACAUCUGCCGACCCUACCCAGGCUUUGGAGCAGCUUGAAGCUCGCAAAGAACGUCUAGGUGCUUUUCCGGAAGACAAAAGGAAAGCGAUUGAGGAAAAAGAAAAAUUCGAGAAAGCCGAAGCUCGUUUGGAGGGCGUCAAAUUGAAAGACGACGAGGGGCGUCUGAAGAAAGCGGCCAAGCGGAAAGAGAAGGAAAAAGUGAAGAACAAGAAGGCUUGGGAUGAGCGGAAGGAGCAGGUUGCAGCCUCGAUGGCUGCGAAGCAGAAAAAGAGGACUGAUAAUAUUGCAAUGCGGAACGAGCGGAAGAAGGGUAAUGUUAAGGGUAAGACAAGGGCCCGACCUGGCUUCGAAGGCAAGUCAUUUGGGAAAGAUGGAAAGGAUCAGGAACACGAAUGGCUCGUGCCGACCCACGCCAACUUGGACCUCAUCCGGAUUGCGGAGUAUGUGUGGUUGGAUGUCGGAGAGGAAGUACCGACAGGGAGAGUUGGUUGCCGAAGAAAACACUGGGGCAAGGCAUUCUACCAUUUCAAGUUCGAAAAGCAAUACUGGGUAGUCGGGCAAAGACUUGCACAGGAAGUGUAAGAUGAGAUGUAUGACUUGGAGGAAAUGAAGAGGCUGUAUGAUCUAGGUGUCGCUACAAAUUCCAAGACCAUUCCAAUUGCUUGAUACCGAUAUUAUCUUCAAAGUUUUGUGCCUUGUCACUUCUGUGCUAGGUGCCGGUAAGGCUUCAUGCACCGUCUCGGAUAACCGCAAUUUACCAACGCCUAAACCGCAUUGUUCGAAACAGCGACGACGCGAAACCCGAUGGUAAAAUGCCGCACCAUUUUUCAAGUCAACAAACCCAGGUUCGACAAGUUUACUGGACUCGAAGGCUCCACCUAAAUUUUCAGAGUUACUAAUGCUGUCCUCCGUAGAGGAUAAGAUCUAGAUGUCUUACUAGUACAUACGGCGCAGCUUAC